GUCCACAUAUAAAACUACCGUGUAGUUUCACUCACCGCAUUCGAUACUCAGCAAGUGAAACAAGUGCAUCAUUCGAUUUUUUUGUUUUAAAUCGAUUACGAAUCGAGUGAUCGUGUUCUGGUGCCUUAGUUAGAAGCUUUGGUGUUUAUUACAAGUAAUCGAAAAUGGCCUUUAAGUUGGUGCUCGUAGUCCUGACGGUUGUCGCUUGCGCACAGAGUCGCAUGUUCUACAAUCUGCGACCAGUAAGAUUGGUUCAUUCAGAUCUCCAGCCAGCCGCGUCCAUCGUGCAUGCUGAGCCAAAACACUUCGAGCACCAUAUCUCAGAAGAUGAACACGUUGAUUAUUAUGCGUAUCCGAAGUAUGUCUUCAAAUAUGGCGUGAACGACUUCCACAGUGGUGACAUCAAGACUCACCAUGAAAGCCGGGAUGGUGACGUUGUUAAAGGUCAAUACACGGUGGUUGAACCCGACGGUUCCAUUCGCACAGUGGACUACACCGCUGACAAACACAACGGAUUCAAUGCCGUAGUACACAAGACUGCGCCUAUCUCGCCCCAUGAAGCAGCCCAUCUUCACCAUUAAGUUAUAAAAGAUGUGAAGCCAACUGGACUACCAAUUGAAACUUUCUGGAAUCCAAAAUGUUUGGACUUUGCUGAGCGAAAUUCAUCUAUUGGUUAACGACAAUAAGAACGAGAUUUGUAAUUCCUAAAUGAGAUCAAUAACGAACAGUGUACGAGAGUUUAUAAGCACUUACUUCUUUAAGAUCUUUAUUGACUUUGAGAGUAUGACGUCACCAAAUCUCUUUAAUUUUGGGCAU